CGAAGAUGGCGGCGAUCGCGCUGGGCAUCCCCGGGUGGAGCUGAGCGCGGGCGCGCCGGGCCGGGCCGGGCCGCGCCGGGAGGCCUCCCCAGCCAGCCAGCUGCUGUUGCAAGAGAGCCCUCCAGCAUCCCAGCACCAUGCUCCGGAGGCUCCUGGAUCGUCCUUGCACCCUGGCCCUCCUCAUCGGCUCCCAGUUCGCCUUCAUGGCUUAUUUCUCCUUCGGGGGCUUCCGGAAUUUGGCAUCCAUCUUUGGGCACGAUGCCACCCCAGCCUUCGACUAUUCCCGGACCCACGACGUCUACACCAACUUCAGCCUCUUGCUGUCCCAACAGCCCCGUCAGACCAACCCCCUGGAUUCGCUCCGCUACUGCCCAGAGCGGUCGCCUUUCCUUCUGGGCCCUCUGACCGUGAGCUUCAGCCAGGUGCCGGCGCUGGCCCAGAUCCAGGAGAAGAACCCGGCGGUGGGCCCCGGGGGCAGGUACCAGCCCUCCUCGUGCGAGCCGCGCUCCCGGACAGCCGUCAUCAUUCCGCAUCGCAACCGGGAGCUGCACCUCCGCCACCUGCUGUACUACCUUCACCCCUUCCUCCAGCGCCAGCAGCUGCACUAUGGAAUCUACGUGGUGCAUCAGGCCGGGAAUGGCACGUUCAACCGAGCCAAGCUGCUGAACGUGGGCGUGAAGGAGGCCAUGAAGGACGAGGAGUGGGGCUGCCUGUUCCUCCACGACGUGGACCUCAUCCCCGAGAACGAUCACAACCUGUACGUCUGUGACCCCUGGAGCCCCAAGCACGUCUCCGUCGCCAUGAACAAGUUUGGCUACAACCUCCCGUAUUCACAGUACUUCGGGGGGGUGUCGGCGCUGACGCCGGACCAGUACCUGAAGAUCAACGGCUUCCCCAACGAAUACUGGGGCUGGGGCGGCGAGGACGACGACAUCGCCACCAGGGUCCGCCUGGCCGGCAUGAAGAUCUUGCGCCCUCCCGUCUCCGUCGGCCACUACAAGAUGGUGCGUCACAAGGGCGACAAGGGCAACGAGGAGAACCCACACAGGUUCGACCUGCUGAUUCGGACUCACCGGGCCUGGACGCAGGACGGCAUGAACUCCCUCGAGUACACGCUCCUCUCCAAGGAACUGCUGCCCCUUUACACGAACAUCACGGUGGACAUCGGCACCAACCCGCGAGCCACCAAGGGCAGGAAGGGCUCCCUGCCCAGCCUCGGAGGGAGGAAUUACCCCAGCGGCAGCAACCACGACUUCCGCCAGGAGAUGCUGCGCAAGACGUCCUUCGCCAAGCUCUCCCGGGCGAUGGGCUGGGGCGAAGUGCCGUUCGCGACGAUCCAGGCGCUGCUGGACUCCGCACAGAAGGAGCAGCCGGCCCGGAGGCCCGGCACAAGCCCUGCGGCCCGGAAGGAGAGGGACGGCUCCCUCGUCCCGGCCGGCAACGGCACCGGACACACGCUCCGGGUCGCCCCCAGCCCGGAGAUGCCCAGGCGGGCAGCAGAGGAUGCUGGGAGAGAGAAGCGGCCACCCCGAGCUGGGUGGGGAAGGGAAGGCACUGCCAGCACCGUGGUGGGGAGGACGGCCCCCACCCUGGCGCCCCAGGAGCAGGCGAGCAAUCACACACGGUCGGAGGUGGAGGACUAACGAGGACGGCUGCGAGCUGCGGGCCCCAGCACCCGAAGCGAGCGCCAGGCCCCCGUGUCUGCACGCUGCUGCGCUGUCGCCGUGGCCCAGAAUCCUUUGGGACUGCCACGUGGGCAGCCCGGGCGA